AUGGCCCGCACCCCCCGUCCCCUCACACCAGGGAUCUACGUCCCGACCGUUGCCUUCUUCAGCCCCAAUGAAGACCUCGACAUCGCCACCGUCGAGCAACACGCCGCCUACCUGGCGCAGGCCGGCGUGACCGGGCUCGUCGUGCAAGGCAGCAACGGCGAAGCCGUGCACCUCUCGCGGGAGGAACGCAACGAGAUCACCGCGGCGACGCGGCGGGCGCUGGACGCGCAUGGCGGCGCCUCGAAGCCGCUGAUCGUGGGCACGGGCGCGGCCUCGACGCGGGAGACGAUCCAGCUGUGCGAGGACGCCGCGGCGGCCGGGGGCGACUACGUGCUGGUGCUGCCGCCGUCGUACUACAAGUCGCUGCUGACGGCGCAGGCCGUGCGCGAGCACUUCGAGCGGGUGGCGGCGGCGUCGCCGGUGCCGGUGCUCAUCUACAACUUCCCGGGGGCGUCGGCGGGGGUGGACCUGUCGUCGGACGAGAUCCUGGCGCUGGCCGCCCACCCCAACGUCGUCGGCGUCAAGCUCACCUGCGGCAAUACGGGCAAGCUGGCCCGCGUCGCCGCGCAGGCCCCGCCGGGCUUCCGCACCUUCGGCGGCUCCGCCGACUUCACCCUGCCGACCCUCGUCGCCGGCGGCGCCGGCGUCAUCGCCGGCCUCGCCAACCUCAUCCCCCGCGCCUGCCUCCGCGUCUUUGACCUCUACCGCGCCGGCCACGUCGCCGACGCCCAGCGCCUCCAGGCCGUCGUCGCCCGCGCCGACUGGCUCGCCAUCCAGGGCGGCUUCGUCGCCGUCAAGUCCGCCCUCCAGUCGUACCGCGGCUACGGCGCCCUCCCCCGCCGGCCGUGCGUCGUGCCGGCCGCCGAGCAGGUGGCGGCCCUCAAGGAGUCCUUUGCCGAGAGCAUGGAGCUGGAGCGCCAGCUGGAGAAGCAGCAGGCCUAG